AUGGCUCAACGAGGGCAAAACCAGGGUGCUGCCGGUGCAGCGCCCGUAGGUGGUGGUGGCGCUGGUGCUGCGGGGGCAGCUGCGCUUGGAGGUGUUCCUGCUGCAGGAGCCGCUCCAGCGAGAGCAGGCGGCGCGGUUGCUCGGCCUGCUGUUAUGCCAGAGACCUUUGAUGGAGAAGGAGAUUGGCAGGAAUACUUGGCCUAUUUCAUACAGUGUGCGGAAGUCAACGGAUGGCAGGAUCCGCAGAGGGCCCAGUUCCUUGGGGUGAGGCUGCGCGAUGCGGCUCGCCGGUUCUUCACUACCUUGCCUGCUGCUCGACGAGUGAAUUGGCAACAUCUCUGCGCUGAUAUGGGCAAUCGGUUUGCCCCUGCUGCGGUUGCAAACCAGUACAAGGCCCAAUUCCGUACGCGGCGACGGAAGGCGGGUGAGGACCUACUGCGGGUCGCUGAUGACCUUCGUCGCUUAGUCGUCCGGGCUUACCCUAUGAUGCCAGAUGCGGUUCGCGAUGAUUUGGUGCGAGACCAAUUUAUCGAAUCUCUUACACCAGUGGCUCUGAGGGUGCGUUUACAGGAGAACCCACCGGCAACCGUCCAAGCGGCGGUCGAAACGGCAUUGCACCUGGAAAAGGUAUGGUCGGAGGUAGAGCUUCCACCAGAUGCAUCGACCAAGUUAGUGGGCCCUUAUGUUGGGGCGGGUUUGGGCGCGGUCGCCCAGCCAUUGCUUCAGACUGUGAUGGCCACAUCUGGCGUGUGCGAGUCACCCCGUUACGGGCCAGCGUCCAUGGUCGCCCCAGUUAGCCAAGACGAGCGACUCACCACUCUCGCGACAUCCCUGUCGCAGCUGACUGAGAAACUGGACCAGGUUCUUCAUCAAGAGUCCACUUGCCAUGCGCCUGGUAUCUUCCAGUCCCCACGGCGGGGAUGGCGUCCGCCAAACUCACGUGGCGGGUCCGCAGUAACCUUGAUUUCCGAGACACUGGCUGGCAGGGUGGGUGUUGGGCCUGAUGACAUUGAAGGUUACGAGGGAGGUGGCCUAUGUAGCGCUAAUGGCAGCCCGCUGUGGGUGGUUGGUGAAACUGUUGUGCAACUUACGUUGGACCAGGGGCCGAUGUUUAGGUAUGGUUAUGUUGCAGCGCACGCGGUGGUGCGGUGUGGCGUACAGGGCGAUGUGCCAGUGCGUCUGCUGAAUACCUCGGACAGGGAUGUGGUUGUUCCUCGAGGUACGCGCCUUGGGUCGCUGAGUCCCACGGCGCUUGACUGCGAUGCUGCGGAAGUAUGCGCAGUGGGGUCUACGGAGGAGCCCCGGGGAGAAAAUAGUUGGGACGAGCUCGGUAGCGAGUCUGACCUGUAUGAUGUGCUGCACAUUGACGAGUCGCGAUUGACUGCAGACCAACGGCAACAGGUACGGGGCCUGUUACACCGUCACCGUCACGUCUUUGCGAUGUCCAGCGCUGAGCUGGGUCGCACAUCGCUCAUGGAACAUCAAAUUGACACUGGCGAUGCCACUCCAAUCUUCCAGCCACCACGUCGUCUUCCGUGGCAUCAACGACAGGAAGCCCGUACGAUUGUGGACAAGAUGUUACAACAAGGCGUCGUGUCCGAGUCCACGAGCCCAUGGUCGGCACCGAUUGUGCUCGUGGGCAAGAAAGAUGGCUCUACUCGUUUCUGUGUUGAUUAUCGUCGGCUCAACCAUGUCACUGUCAAAGAUCCGUAUCCCCUCCCGCGAAUUGACGACACUCUGGAUGCCCUCGGCGAGGCGUCCUUCUUCUCCACUCUCGACCUUUGCUCUGGAUACCACCAAUUACCAGUUGCCGAUGAAGCUCGACCGAAGACGGCAUUCUCAACCCCAGAUGGUCAUUAUGAGUUCAAUGUUUGCCGUUUGGGGUGUGCAACGGACCCAGUGCUUUCCAACGCCUGA